AUGAAAAUCAUAUGCUGGAAUGUCCGUGGAUUGGGGAGUCCACGGGCAGUAAGGAAGCUUCGGUUUUUACUGAAGCAAAAUAAUCCUCAAAUAGUCUUCUUAAUGGAGACUAAAGUAAGUGAAAAACGUAUGGAAGCAAUUAGAAGAAGGUGUGGCUUCACGAAUGGACUUGAAGUAGGAGUUGUUGGUACGCGGAGUGGGAUUUGUUUAGCAUGGCGGGAGGAGGUUCAGAUUCACCUUAGAUCUUUGUCAAUAAGUCAUAUUGAUGUGCUAGUUAAAGGAGAGGAUGCUCAUGAAGAUUGGAGAUUCACAGGGUUUUAUGGCUCUCCCUACUCACAAAAUAAAAAUGCUUCAUGGGAUUUACUAAAGACCUUGGGACAGGAGCAAGAGUAUCCUUCAUUCAAGAUAGUCCCUAGCUUUAAAUUUGAAGCUUGGUGGACUACAGAGGAGUCAAUAGAAGAAGAAAUUCGGGAAGCCUGGAAGUCUCCAAAUGGAUCGGUUUUGGAAAAGCUUGAGAACUUGCAGAUUAGUUUAUUGAAAUGGGCUAAAUCCAUUAAGAAGCAGCGAAAGGGAAUGACGGAAAGAAUUUCAAAAGAGCUUGAAGACUUAAUGAAGAAGGAACUUGAUGAAGAUGUUAUGAACCAGAUGAUUGAUAAAAGAAUCCAUUUGAGCAUGGAAAUCGAAAAGGAGGAGAUGUAUUGGGAACAGAGAGCACGAGCUAAUUGGCUAAAGUUAGAGGAUAAGAACACAGCAUUUUUUCAUAAAUAUGCAUCAAUGCGGAGAAGAAUUAAUACAAUCAGUAGGCUAGAUAGUGAUGAUGGGAGAGGAAUUACUGAGGAGUUAGAAAUUAAUGAGAUGGCGACGCAGUAUUUUCAAAAGCUUUUCUCGACUACAGGCGUUGGAGAUCCUUCUCAUCUUCUAACAGGUAUUCAGAAUUGCAUCUCUUCGAAUAUAAAUGAAAUCCUCUUGAAAAAGUUUACGAUAGAGGAGAUUUACAUUGCAGUAAAGGGAAUGGGUUCAACAAAAGCUCCAGGUUAUGAUGGUUUCCCGACUCUAUUCUUUCAAAAAUACUGGGAUAUAGUGGGAGAAGAUAUUGGGAAUUUCUGUUUAGAAGUUUUAAAUAAUGGAAAAGAUGUGAAAGGGUUAAACGUAACUAAGAUCACCCUCAUUCCGAAGAAGUCCAAUCCUACAAACCUUGCUGAUUUUAGACCAAUUAGUCUAUGUACAGUUCUUUAUAAAAUUAUUGCUAAAGCUAUUGCCAAUCGUCUUCAGGAGGUCAUUGGAAGAUGCAUUGAUAGUGCUCAAAGUGCAUUUGUCCCGGGGAGGCUAAUUUCGGAUAAUGUUUUGAUUGCUUAUGAAAUUCUGCAUACACUUCGGAAAAAACGUAAGGGGAAGAAAGGUUUUAUGGCAAUAAAGCUUGACAUGAGUAAAGCUUACGACAGGGUGGAAUGGGCUUUCUUGAAGGAAGUUAUGAUACGAAUGGGAUUUGAGAAGGAAUGGGUGGUAUUAAUAAUGAGAUGUAUUUCUACAGUCUCUUAUGUUGUAACUACAAAUGGGAGGAAUGGUAGAGUCUUUGAACCAACCAGAGGACUCCGACAGAGUGACCCACUUAGCCCUUUUCUUUUUCUUAUUUGCAGUGAAGGUUUAUCGUCCUUAAUCAGGAAUGCUACAGAAGAGGGGUUGAUUAAAGGGGUGAGAGCCAGCAGAAGAGGCCCGAUAAUAUCGCACUUGUUAUUUGCAGACGAUUGCAUUUUGUUUGGUGAAGCCACCGAAAGUAGUGCAAGGAACCUCAAAGCUAUUUUGAAAGAAUAUGAGGCUUGUUCUGGUCAAUGCGUUAACUUUAAUAAAUCCAUGAUCUUUUUUAGCUCGAAUUUGAAGGAGGGGGAUAAAGGCAGGUUAUCGGCUGAUUUGGGAAUAAGAUGUUCGAAUAAUAUGGAAAAAUAUCUUGGAUUGCCAAAUAUUGUAGGCCGGAAGAAAAAAGAAUCGUUUCAGAAUCUCAAAGACAGAAUAAAGCAAAGGAUUGAUAAUUGGAGUUCUCACUUCUUAUCUCAAGGGGGUAGAGAGGUUUUCAUUAAAUCAGUUCUUCAGGCAAUUCCUACUUAUGCUAUGACAUGUUUUCUAUUACCAAAAUCGCUUUGUGAUGAGUUUGACAAUUUAUUUGCUAGAUUUUGGUGGCAGAAAGGAAAAGGAAAGAAAGGAAUUCAUUUGUGUCAAUGGGAAUUCAUGUGCAGGCCUAAAGAGGAGGGUGGUAUGGGCUUCCGAAAUAUGGCACAGUUCAAUGUUGCUUUAUUGGCUAAGCAAGGUUUAGGAAAUUCUAGUUCGUAUGUAUGGAAAAGCAUUUGGGCAGCAAAGGACUUAUUGAUAAAAGGGCAUUGUUGGAGGGUGGGGACGGGUACUAAUAUUUUCAUAAACGAUGCUUGGAUUCCAGAUUCUGUUAAUUUUAAAUUAUCAUCAGAUAUUAAUUCUAUGCGUGAUGUUAAAGUUGAUGAGUUGAUUGAUAAUAAUACCAGAAGUUGGAAAAAAGAGUUGAUUUCUAGUACCUUCUUGGAAGACGACGCAUCUAGAAUCCUCAGAAUUCCUCUGGCACAAACACCGCAUGAUGAUUUUCUUAUCUGGGGAGGCGAACGGUCGGGUGAGUUCACGGUCAGAAGCGUCUAUCAACUAUUACAAAAAUUGACUGAAAAUCCUAGAGCUUAUGCUUUACAGACCAUCUAUGGAAAUUUUUACAAAAAAAUUUGGUGCCUAAAUCUACCAGCUAAAAUUAAGGUUACAAUAUGGAAGAUAUCUUGGAAUUAUCUGCCUACAAAGGUGAAUCUCCAGCACCGGAAGUUAGUAGCAAAUCCAAGCUGCCCCCAAUGUGGAGAAGGAGCUGAAACAAUGAACCAUUUAUUUCGUGACUGUCAUGUUACAAGGGAGGUAUGGAGAACAUUAUCGUUUCAGUGCAUUUUAAGGAAUCAAUGUGAGGAUUUUGUACAGUGGAUUACCUGGGCAAUAGAGGAGCUCAGCCUUGACCAAAGUCGCAUAUUUUGUUGUGCACUCUGGGCAAUAUGGGGAGACAGAAACAAAAGAAUACAUGAAGGUAAAAUUAGAAAGGGAACUGAAGUUGCAAAUCUUAUAAACAGCUACAUCAGUGAGAUUAAUGGUCUUGAGAAGAGAGAUCUGAAUCGUACCGUAGAAAAAAAGAGAUGGUCGUCCCCACAGGCAAGUUUCAUGAAGAUCAACUUUGAUGGCGCAUUCGAUAGAGGAAAGAAUCAGUCGGGCGUGGGUAUUUUGGCUAGAGAUUCGGAUGGUAAUAUUCUUUUUUCAUGUUCAGAGAUUCAUUUUAAUAUUUCAUCAGCCUUUGCUGCUGAAGCGAUUGCCUGCCGGAAAGCUGUUCAAAUGGGAAUCAUGAGGGGAUGGCGUCAUUUGAUUCUUAAAGGAGAUUCCCUCACAAUAGUCAAGAAAUGCAAAUCAAAGAGUCAAGAUAGAUCUAUGGUGGGGGUAUAUAUUUAUGACAUUCAACAGGAAAUAUUUGGACUUGAUAAUAUCAGAUUUCAACAUACACCUAGAUCAGCAAAUGGUCUUGCUCAUAUCAUAGCAACAAAAUCGUUAAGAAGAGGAGAAGAGUUUUACCUGGAUAGGGGAGUUCCAGAUUAUGCCAUGGACCAAGCUCGGCUGGAUGGGAGAUGUGAAGAAGAUUAG